CGAUAUUAAUUGAUCAGUUCAUUUCAGAAUUUUAUACUAAACGGUUAUAUUUCGUAAUGAUUUACGAUUAUAAUAUUAUCCGAGUGACAAAAAAUGAAAGAAAUAAUAUUUUAAAAUCUCUGAAUGUUUCGUUGGAGGAUUUUAAUGAAAUGGUUGGAAUACUAGCAAAAUGGAUAAUACAGAGUAAUUUACCUGAAGAAGAAAGUUCGAGAAAAAAAAUUGAAAUAUUUCUGUUUAACACUAAAAUGAAUAUGGAAAAAACCAAAAGGUGUUUAGAAAAUUAUUAUACUCUACGGACAGAACAUUCAAAUUUUUUUGCUAAGAUGAUACCGAAUACAAAUUUAUAUAACGAAGUCAAAAAAAUAUCGCGUCCCAUUGUUAUGCCGGACCUAACCUCAGAUUUGUGUCGCAUAGUCAUUUUUAGACUGGAAAAAUGCGAAGAUUUACAAUGCGACGCCGAAUUUUAUCAAUUGUUAACCAUGAUGGGCGUGGAAUUGAGACUUGAUAGGGGAGAUUGUUUUUACUCUCAUAUUUUAAUAAUUGAUCUGUCAUAUUUCGAGCCGAGGCAUUUACUAAAAUAUACACCAAGGGUUUGCUCAUUCUAUGCAAAAUUAUUCCUUGCUAUAAAUUUGAGACUGAAAAAUAUCCAUAUAGUGAACCCAUCGACGAUUAUUGAUAAAGUUUUAACGUUUUUUAAACUGUUUCUACCAAGCAAGUUUCAUGGGAAACUUGUGAUUCAUUCAAGUUAUGAAUCACUUUAUGCAUUUAUUCCUAAGAAUUAUUUGCCUUCGAAUUAUGGAGGGACUCAAAUAUCGAUUGAAAAAAUUCAAGACAGGUGGUGUGAAGAAAUUGAAAAAAAUGAAGCUUUGUUUGAAAAAUUGCUGCUUUUAAAAUGUCAGUCCACUAAUAAUAACGAAGUGUCAACAAAUAACGUCUUCGGCGUCAAUGGAAGUUUCAGAAAAUUGACUGUAGAUUAAUUUUUGAAA